AUCGGUACUGCGCGUGCGCAAUGAGAGGAGUCCUUGGCUGGUCGGCCUGCUGUAGGUUACAGAUCCGGUGAGGGGACACAGACAAAAUGCAGAGCUGGACUCAGUUAUACCGCUCCUUGGCCACGCGGAGCCACCACCUUCCCUGCAAACUGCACGGCGCCACAGCUGUGUCCGUCAGAACCUACGCUGACAAAGCAGCAAUCGAUGCAGAUGUCACAGUGGUGGGCUCCGGUCCAGGCGGCUACGUCGCUGCCAUCAAAGCCGCACAGCUUGGCUUCAAGGUAAGCUGCCUUCAGGGCAUAUUGAAUCUCGUCGACCAAAUGUUAAUUGACCAGAAAGGGUCCAUCAGUGGACCGACAGUCCUCAUCAAGAUUGAUGAGGAGACCGUGGUGUCGUCGACAGGAGCUCUGUCCCUGAAGAAAGUUCCAGAGGAGUUGAUUGUGAUCGGAGCCGGAGUCAUUGGAGUGGAGCUGGGGUCAGUGUGGCAGCGUCUGGGCUCUAAAGUCACGGCGGUGGAGUUCCUGGGCCACGUGGGCGGCAUGGGCAUCGACAUGGAGAUUUCUAAGAACUUCCAGCGCAUCUUGCAGAAGCAGGGCCUCAAGUUCAAGCUCAGCACCAAAGUCAUGGGAGCCACCAGGAGGCCCGACGGCAAGAUCGACGUGGCAGUGGAGGCGGCGGCCGGAGGGAAGAAUGAAACUCUGACGUGCGACGUGCUGCUCGUCUGUAUCGGCAGACGACCUUUCACCCAGGACCUGGGUCUGGACUCUGUGGGCAUCGAGCUGGACAACAGGGGCCGCAUCCCCAUCAACAGCCGCUUCCAGACCAAAGUACCCAGUAUCUAUGCGAUCGGUGACGUGGUUGCCGGGCCGAUGUUGGCCCACAAGGCGGAGGAUGAGGGCAUCAUCUGCGUGGAGGGCAUGGCCGGCGGCGCCGUGCACAUCGACUACAACUGCGUUCCCUCCGUCAUCUACACGCACCCCGAGGUGGCCUGGGUGGGCAAGACAGAGGAGCAGCUCAAAGAGGAGGGCGUCCCGUACAAAGUCGGAAAGUUCCCCUUCGCAGCCAACAGCCGAGCCAAGACUAACGCUGACACUGACGGCAUGGUGAAGAUCCUCAGCCACAAGGAGACAGACAGGAUGAUGGGAGCUCACAUCCUCGGAUCUGGCGCUGGAGAGAUGAUUAACGAAGCUGCUUUGGCCAUGGAGUACGGUGCUUCCUGUGAGGACGUCGCCAGAGUCUGCCACGCUCAUCCUACGGUGUCGGAGGCCUUCAGAGAAGCAAACCUGGCCGCCUCCUUCGGCAAAGCCAUCAACUUCUGAUCCGCCGGCCGCUGUCGCACCUUCAGUGUACAUAACGAGGACAAACAGGAAGCUGUGUGUGUCUCUGCGUUGAAACCUUCAUCCACCCCUGCAGGAUCCUCCGUGUACAUCGAAACUCUACCACAUUUAGUUCUAACGUUAUUUAAAUGUUCUCAAUAAAACCAUAAAAAGGGGUUCUGGGCGGUAAAUAAACACUGACUGCACAUCAGUCUUUUGUUUCCCAAACACAUAGUUGAGAAGAUCCCAGAGGAGAAUAUUAUUCACUCAUUUUCAGCACAUAGAGAUAUAAAUAUUAUUUUGGCUGGGGGGGCUGUGCUUUCUCUUGUUGGAGGGAGGAGGGAGUGUUUUUGUUUUUCUGUUUUUUUACAGAAUUUAAAACCACAAAUAUGAUGUGUAACCAGAGCAGGAAACUGAAGAGGCUUUUAUUCACUCUUAAAGUUGCUCCUUGUGGGUCGAAACAUUAAAGUACGUUGAGCUUCAGUCAGCGGAGUCACAGCAGGCGUUUCAACCCUGGAUUAUCAAAAUAUUUAGCGUGAAAAUCAGAAGCAGCGAAGACAUUUUCGAGACAUUGUCGACUUAAUUUAGUAAUUAAAACCUUUUUAAAUUAGAUCAUUUGUUCCCUCAAACCAGUAUUUCUCAACAAGCUGUAUUCAACAAGAUCAGUCCCAUUAAGGUGAGAAAUGACAGCGUGAACAGUUGAAGACUAAGCCGUUCAAAAUUGAAACUUUUUUUUAAGGUGCACUUACUCGCUUGUUUCCCAGAGCCUUCAAACACGCUUCAGUCUUCAUCAACGACACUUAAGUCAUGACAACUGAGCAAAGUCCUUGUGCUGAGAUGUGGUCGACGACUCCGAAGAAGUUAGUAAAUGCACAUUAAGCUUUGAUUCAAAACAUAAAGAUUAAAAAAAUCAAAGUGUAAACUCCUCUAUAGCGAGAGUGUCACAGCAGAGAACUUUAAUUUCCUUGAUGUGGGAAUCAUUUCCUCUGACUGAUUUAUGAAACGCAGCAUUUCCUGUCGACGUUUUAAAGCUUCACUGUGGAGUUUUAGAUCUCCAGUAGCACCCUGGUGUUUUGAUGAGUGGUUUGUGUGAGUCCUUUACAGGUGGCCGUAACAUGCCAAGAGAUGCAGCGAAGAAAGAGACUGCAAGCUGGUUGACAUGACUGUAAACAAUGCAGAGUUUAAGAUACUUAAAAUCUGUGUUUCAUGAGGAAGGAAGUGCACCUAACUCGUUGGACCUGAAGGAUUCACGCUGUGUGUUUUAGUGACACUAAGAAUAUCUUUGGUUAAUGUACAUUUAAACUCCUCAGGUCACCUUAGAGUUGGGCUCCUGCUCAGUGCAGAACCAGGCGUUCAACACGCUCGAACAUUGUGUUGAUUUACCCAUCAAAGACCAAUAGAACUGAAGCUGUUGGUCGUUGCUUGGAUACGGUUUCCUGCUCUGGUUGCUUCACUGUGAUUGGCUCUGGCCUGCUCUUGCUUAUCUCACCAUUUAAACCAAUAAAAGCAGUAUCAGUUGAGUAAGA